UAAGAGAGGAUAUUUUGGUGAUUUAAAGCGUAGAGACCGAGAGGAGAGCGAUUUCCCGUGUCAGAAAAUAUUUAGAGUCGCGGAGGAAAGAAUGGCAAAGCAAUAAUCGGAACGCAAUGGGGAUGGGUGUUAGAAACCUGAGACGUGUGGGAAUAAUUUUGUGGGUUUGCAAUUGUUUAGUUUUCCUCUUUGGCACCCUUCUCAUUUCCCAUAGUUAUCACCUCUGCGAUCUCCAUUCUUUGCUCCCUUUCCUCUCUGUUUCUAUUGCCUCCCUUCUCCGAAUUGUUGCCAUGCUUCAAACUGCUUUCGCCCAAUAUUCUGCUGCCACCCUCAUUCUCAACGACUCUUCCGACGAUCACGACGACCUUCUUCUACGCUUCCAAAGACGGGCUAGGUAUAAGAAAUGGCUUUGGUGGAGUCGAUGUACAAUCUUCCUCACACUCAUUCAAUUUCUCUCCUCUACUUACCUUCUCCUCAACUCGGCUUACUUUUUCUCCAAACAUACCCCCCUUACUCAUUAUUGUCUUUUAGAAUUGGGAUGGAACCCUGACUGGUGGAACCACAAGUUACUCUCUCUCUUCUUCAUCCUUGCCUCUUUCGUUGCUGUAGCCCAGUGCUUUACAGGAUCUGAUGUUCUUAAAUGGAGAUCUUUUUAUCAAACUCAUGACAAUGCUUGGAAAUCCCAUUAUAGGGAGGUUUUUGAUAACGGCUUACGCGAAACCUUGUGCUGUCUCGGCAGGGUCAAAUACUUGACUGCAAUAGAAGAACAAGAUGAUGUCUAUUCUGUUGCUCGAUUAUUAGGCGACCUCGUCGCAUAUCGUGCUUCUGGAACUGGCCAUAUGGAACUCUUGGCAGCUUUAGCUUUACUCCAAAACAAAGAAAAAUUUCCAGAAUCCUUUGAAGAAUCCAUUGAAGCACCAGAGACGCGAAUUAGGGAGGCUGCAGCUCUUCAUAAAUUUGCUGAAGCUGCAUACACUGGUCCGUUGCUUGAUGUUGGGCGAAAUCCUUUCAUGUUUCCUUGUUCAUGGCUCUAUAGGCAAGGAAUUUUGUCUCCUUGGACACGCAACAGACGGCCUGUUUUGGAUGGUGAUAACUGGUGGCGAGGCCAUGCUGCAGCCUUUCUAAAGUAUGCCAAUUUGCCUCCGGAAGCACUCAGACAUGGGAGAGUAAACCAGGUCAAGUGUGAAGCUGCAUAUUUUAUUGUGGUUCUACAUCAUCUACAAACUGUAGUAAUUGCUAUACGUGGAACUGAAACCCCUGAGGACCUAAUAACUGAUGGGUUAUGCAAGGAAUGCACCCUUUCUGCAACAGACUUGUCUGGUUUGAUAAACUGCAACCACAUUCAUUCUGAUAUACACAAAAAUGUUACUUCAUCGUUCCCCCACUAUGGGCAUUCGGGUAUAGUUGAGGCUGCAAGAGAGCUUUUUAUGCAGAUUGAAGGAAAUCCUGGAGAGCAUGACUCUGAGUCCUAUGGGCUUCUUUCAAAAUUACUGGGAUUUGGCUGCGAAUGCUUUGGGUAUAAUGUCCGCAUAGUUGGACAUUCACUUGGGGGUGCUAUAGCUGCAUUGCUUGGACUGCAACUUUAUAACCGAUACCCUAAUCUGCAUGUUUACUCAUAUGGGCCACUCCCAUGUGUGGAUUUUGUUGUGGCAAAUGCAUGUUCGGCAUUUAUAACAAGCAUUAUAUAUGGAAAUGAGUUUUCAUCCCGCCUUUCAAUUGGAUCCAUUAUGAGGCUAAGGGCAGCUGCAAUCACAUCACUUUCACAAGAUCCUAAAGCAGACAGUGCCAUGAUUUUCAGACUUGCCCGUCGGUUUCUAUAUAUAAGUCAAUAUGAAAGAAAUAAUCAGGAGGCAGAGCAUGAAGCACAGUGUGAGAUUGAUAUUAAAGGCAGCAACAAACAAGUGGUUCAAGAAGCUUCACUAUGGACUGAUGCUAUUAAAAGGGAUCUUCUUGUUACAGCUGACCAAGACAACGGUGAGCAUGAUGAAUGUGCACUCUGGACUGGUGCUAGGGCAUCGGACCAUAUUGUUGAAAUUAAUAAUGCCGAAUUUACAAAUCCUUUUGCUACAGAUGUACAUUCAAUUGAAGAUCCCGUGUCUCAGUUUAUAGAUUCUGUUCCAACUUCUGAAAAUCAGUCUGCUGAUGAUCCCCAAGAGAUGUAUCUGCCAGGAUUUGUAAUUCAUAUUGUCCCAGACCAAAAAAGACCUCAAACUGAUCUUAAUACAUCUUGGAGGGUGCUUGAGAGGGGGAAAUAUUAUAGAGCUUACGUAGCAAACAGAGAAAACUUCAAAGAUAUAAUUGUUUCACCAUCCAUGUUCCUUGAUCAUCUCCCUUGGAGAUGUCAUAAUGCCUUGCAAAAAAUAUUGAAAGCUCGAACUGCUAAUGAUAAAGCAAUGGAACCUGACAUAAUCUGAACGUGACAUGAACCGGAUUAAAUUUUUAUCCUCCGGAUUCUUUGUAUUGUGAACCUUAUAGGUGAGAUCAAGAUGUACUGCACGGGACGAGCCUUCUGAGUUCUGAUGAGAAGUGGAUAAUCAUUUAAGAAAAGUAUACGUGCUGAUGUUCUUAAUAUACAUGUAAAAUAUAUCAUAUUCUGAUUUUUUAUUUCUUUCUUUUAGGAAUUCAUAUUCUGUUAAUACAUAGGUGUUCCUCAUUUUUCUCGUAUUGUAACUUCUAGGCGAGUCUUUAAAAUUAAGUUCCAAUAAUCAAUUUACUCAAACCCUCACAUGAAAA